AUGUCCACCCCAAACCUAGACGCCCUCAAACGUGAUGGCUUUGUAGUAGUUCGCAACCUCUUGACCCCAACUGAGGUAUCGCACUACCGCGAAAUCGCCACAAAAGCAACAACCCUUACUCGCAACGGAAGCUGGCCACACUUCCGUACCGUCCCGAAACAAUUUCCACCCUGGCCGACAACCGUACCACCCGCCUCGGAGGGCGGAAUCUGGGGCGUGCAGCACCUAAUGCACCCCGAAAUGCCAGGACGGGAGAGUUUCGCGCGAUGCUACUUCUCUCCCACGAUUCUCGCCGUAGCGGAGGAGCUAAUGGGCGUUGAAAAUGCCGCCAGCAGCGAGACUGAGCCGCUCGUCAUGGAACUGUUCAAUCUGCUCGUGGCGCCGGAAACCAAAGACUUCGAGCUCCGCUGGCACCGUGAUGAUAUCUCCGAGCACGCGACUGCCGAGGAAGAACUUGCACAGCUUGCAGCUAAAGCGCCUGGCGGCCGACAGUCGCAUUGCCAGUAUAACUUGGCGCUGUGUCCUGAUGCAUCGCUGAUUGUUGUGCCGGGGACGCAUGCGCGUGCACGCACUCAGGUCGAGCGUGAGGCCGAUCCUUAUGCGGCUGAGUUGCCGGAUCAGUUAGUUGUUCAGUUGCAGCCUGGAGAUGCGGUGUUUUAUAAUAGUAAUAUCUUGCAUCGUGGAGUGUAUCGGGGGAAGAGUGAGGGUGGGGUUGAGACGAGGCUGACUUUGCAUGGAAGUCUUGGGUUGAAGGCUUCUGGGGAUGGGGGUGAUGAUGUUGAGGAAAAGAAGAAGGUUAGGGCUACUGCGGUGCUACAGCAUGGGGUUGGGGCUUGGGUUAAUCGUGAGGAUGCUGCUUUUGGGAUUGGGGAGAGGGCUGAGAGGAUGAGGGCUAAUCUUGUUGAGAUGGGAACUGGGGAGGGGGUUGGGUUUUCUUUGCAGGGGUAG